AUGAAUGAAAAGAAGAAGCUGGAGAAGAAGAGCAUAUAUAGUCGUUGUGCCGAUAGUAGACCUAAUGAUGAUUGCAAUGAUAUAGUAGUAUGUGAGAUACUGAGCAGACUGCCAGUGAAAUCACUUAUGAGGUUCAAGUGCGUGUGUAAACAUUGGCGUGAUUUAAUCCAGGAGGAUCCUUACUUUAUUGAUUUACAGCUUACACGAUCGAAAACACGACCUGGACUAUUUAUUGUCAUUCCAUUACAGGCGUCUCUAAAGGCGGGCAUGAUAUGUGGCUUACAAGGAUAUACAAAGGGUGGAAGAUGCAAAAAAGUGCCCGAUCAGGAGUUGUACUUGAGAGCUCAGUUACUUGGAGGACCACACCAAGUUAGAGCUGCCAUUAACGACGUAAUGCAAACAAAGUCGUUUUCUGAAUACAAUGAAAUCUUGCCACCCAUAAAUGGUUUAAUAUGUAUGGUUGACAGCAAAGUCCACUAUCGCGUUCGGAUAUACAAUCCCAGCGCCCGAGAAAUCACACCAUGGAUGAAAUCAACAUUAUUAAUGAAUCAGCAAGAAGGAGACCGUUUUGACGUUUUUAACGAUGAUAUGUUUCCGACCUAUCAGUUUGGGUUUGAUCCUGCCACUAAGGAUUACAAAGUGCUUUGUGUGUGGAGUACAAAUCGUGAAGAAGUUUCUGAGGUCUUAACUGUAGGCCAAACUAAGUGGAGAAGGGUCAGAGAUGAAAUCCCGUCAAACAACUUUUAUGAUGGGAAUUCUGUUUAUGCGAAUGGUUGCAUCUAUUGGAUAGUAUAUGAAUGUCUAACUGUAUUUGAUGUCGGAAACGAGAAGUUUAGAGUGAUCCCAGUCCCUAAUUGCAUCAGUGAUCAGCCUCGGGACUGUGGUCAAAAUGUUGAAUUGUUAGAUGAUCAAGUGGAUGGACGUGCAGAUCUAUUUCGUAGAAUGUCUGUUUAUGAGGGUCGCGAGGUUGGAUUACUUGAAAUGGGCGGGCAUGUAACUGUAUUCCGCAGAAUGAGUGAUUACACCGCCAAGUUGUGGAUAUUUAAUGAAGACACCAAAGAGAACACAAGUAACGAAUGCUGGAGUGAACUGACUAUCAUGUUACCUUUCUGUUGGGCUGGUGAUGGACAAUGUGUAUACAUUCAUACUGUCCCAGGAACUGACGAAAUAAUUUUUGAAACCUAUAGAGAUUGUUUAGAUAGACGAAUAGAGUAUGCUUCUCUUUAUUCUUACAAUUGGAAAAAGAAGAUUUUCACAGAGCUUAAACUUAGUGGGAUUCCCUCCUCAGUUCCAGAGUAUCGGGCUUCAUUGUUUUCAACUUUCUUUGAAAGCCUUGUACCUAUUCAGAAAGCAGGAGAGGCAGGCAUCACGUUUGGCAGAAAAUAG